UACCAACUAAUAAUCAACCAUGACUGAACUCGUACUAUAUUAAUUUAUUUAUCUAUCUUAGUUUGAUUCAUUAAAAAUAUAUACUUAAGAAAUAUAUUUAUUUGUGAAUAAUUAAAUACGUAGGUUCUUUUGUUUUAAAAUUUUUGUAAAUUUUUAUCAACAAACUCUAAAACAUCACAGAAAAUGACGUUACCACGUGUACGACGGCAUAUAAAUUCAUAACAAUAAGCGAUUGAACAUGUAAUUAAGUGUAAACAUCUUCUUUGAAUUAACAACGAAAAACAAAUAUAUAUAUAUAUCAUCAUGACAAUCAAUAUUGGAGCAAAUAUCCGAAUUAACAAACUAGGAUUAUGUUUAUUUAUUAUUUUUUUAAUUAUUUUAUAUCUAUAUGCCAUUCGUGAAUCUCCAUACUUAGCAAAGAAUAAUAAUCGUGAUUUUGUUUCUUUAAAAAAACUCCUUGCUACAUCAAUUCGUGCUGCAGAGCUUGGAGGAUUGGAAAUUGUCAAUGUUUAUAAAAAAUCUAAAGUUUCUGUAACAAUUAAAGGAAAAACUAAGGAAAAUGUUGAUGAUCCAGUUACUACAGCAGAUUACAAAUCACAUUGUGCAAUGUACAGCUAUUUGUCAACUUUAUUUCCAUCAAUGACUGUCAUUUCUGAAGAACAUUCUGUAGGAUGUGAUUCACAACUAGCAACAGAUGUCAAUAUAUUUGAUACAACUAUUUUAGAACAAAUAGAUAUUAGAUAUGAUGUAGCUGUGGAUGUUGAAGAUAUCACUGUGUGGAUUGAUCCUCUUGAUGCCACAAAAGAAUUUACAGAAAAUUUAUUGGAGUAUGUAACUACAAUGGUUUGUGUAGCUAUAAAAGGAGUUCCUAUGAUUGGAGUCAUUCAUAAACCUUUCGAACCCCAACAGACUUAUUGGGCUUGGGUUCAUCAUGGAGUUUCUAAUAAUUUGAUGAAUUUAUUAAAGCCGAAAUCUAAUGAUCCUCCAGUACUCAUUGUAUCUCGAUCACAUGCAGGAAAAGUUCACAAUAUCUCUAAAACAGCUUUAGGGGAUGAUGUAAGAAUUAUUUCUGCUGCUGGAGCAGGAUAUAAAUCCCUUGAAGUAGCUGUAGGGAAUGCAACAGCUUAUAUUCAUGUAACAGCUAUAAAAAAAUGGGAUAUUUGUGCUGGUGCUGCAAUAAUUAGUUCUCUUGAUGGGGUUGUAACAUCUUUAUCAGGAAAGCCGAUGACUGAUUUUGGAUCUAUUGAUGCAGUAGUUUUAGAGAAUGGUCUUUUAGCAACAAUAUCAAAUCAUAAAUGGUACCUGGAUAGAUUUGCCGGCUCUCCAAUAGCUGAGGGAUAAUUUUUGUUUUUGAAAUACAUUAUUGAAUGGAAA